AAACUUCAUUGGGUACAUAAGGAGAUAAAAAUGACAACAAAGAAAAUUGGAAGAAUUGGAAAAUUUUAAGAGAAAUUUAAAGAUUCGAAGUGUUUUUAACUAAUAGUGCAUAAUUAAAUUGAACUGUGUUAGUUUAUUAUGGAACAUUAGUUUCUAUUCGAGAGGCUAUCUUAAGUACUGAAAAAAUCAUAACGCGACGAAAUGGAACAAAAUUCUGUGGAUCCAUUUGCCUCAGAAAACAGCGGAACUGCCCGCUUUGUGGAUAAGCUAGUUGAUAAUGGUUUAGCGGGUAGCGGUGGUGCGUGUAGCAGUAAUAGUGCAACUAUAAACGCCACGCAUGAAUUUCAAACUAUGAAACCGGGCUUGGGUCAAAAGCCUGGCCAAGCUUCAGGAAGAACCGAAAUACCGCAUAGUGAACUUGUAAAGAUGCUAUAUUUUUUGGAGGGUGAACUUCAAGCUCGCGACGUCGUAAUUGCUGCAUUAAGAAAUGAACGAGUCAAACAAUAUAUAACGCAACUGCGUUCAAAACGUGUACAACCAAAUGAUCCGUAUGCGGCAAUUUUCCGUGAUAAAAUAGCACUAGCCGGCAAUAUGAUAUCGCGAGAAUCAUCCACACAAGCGGCUCAAGCAGAAAUGGAAGUGCGACAAAUAAUUGAACAGCAAAUGGAGCAACAAUAUCAAAUGGUUAGCAAACAACGUGCCACGCAUUUGCGUAUGGUCAACAUACUUACGGAGUCCUUGGAGAACAAUCAACGCAUGUUGCAGGAAUUAGAAGAAGAAAAGCGAAAGCAUGAACAUGACACAGCUCAGGGUGAUGACAUUACCUAUGGCUUAGAACUAGAGAGGACUAAGUUACGACAAGAGUUGGAAGAGGAACGAGCGCAAUUGAAAAAAAUGGAAAAAGAAAUGAAAAAGCUGCAAGAAACUUUGGAUUACGAACGUAAUCGUCAAAAGCAAAUAGUUCUUUUGCUCAUAGCUGAACGUAAAAAGAUUCUUAUGAAGUACAUUGAAGAGGGUAAACGGUCAGAGGACUUGGCGCAAAUACUAGCAGAGGAGAAGCAACGUUCCGAUACUAUUGCGGAAGGUCUCGAAGAAGAAAGUAAAAAGUCAUUACGUAUGGAAGAGGAAAUGGAGAAGCAAUCUGCUGCGUUCGAAAAUGAACGCAAAACAUUCAAAUUGACCGCUGCCAAGGAAGAGACGCGAGUUAAAGAGCUCGAACAAGAGGUAGCGUUGUUGCGUGCUGAGAAUGAGGCUUUAAAGAAACAGCAGCAGAUAUUGCAACAAAGUGUGGCGGCUGGUGUGAGCGGAACACUUGUUGGCGGUGCCAAAGCUAGAACUCUUAGUGAUGAUGCAUGUGCCACACCAAUGGUAAAUAUUGCGAAAAUCGUGCAACCAACAGCGACUGUAACGAGUGUACCCGUUUCUGGUCCAACAACCGGCAUUGCACGUGCGCCCGGUCAGACAUUACGCAGCGGUGUAGGCAAUGCACUCCCCGCUAUAGCAGUAGCACAAUCAGUGGCAACUGCCAUACCGCUACAAACAGUUGCAUUAGCCAAUGCAGGCAAUAUAAUCGGUGAUAGCACAACAACUGUAGCUGCUGCAAUAUCAGCAGCAAUUACCUCAACAGCAAGUAACUUAACAACCGGUAGUGUCGUUGGUGCUGUUGGUUCUAUUGUAGCGGGUGCACCACCAUCACCAUCGCCUGUGAAAAUGCAGCCAACUGCAACUAUACAGCGUGCACCAGGCGGUAAAUAUGCAGCUUUAGCUGCAGCUGCUGCUGCAUCGCACUCGCUGGAUCAGACGGCGACGGCGCCACACCCAGUGCCAAUUGCUGUACCACCCGUUACAGUACCACCGGCUGGCGCACGUGGUGCACCACCACCUAUACCCCCCAAUAAACCAAUUGUACCGCCAAAGCGUGAACCAUCGCUGUCGCGUUUAAGUUCAAUUGCUGUGGCUAGUGCUGUCUCCGGCACGGUUGGUGUAAAUUCAGCUAAUUCGGUUGGGAUUUCAAACGCUACAUCCAAUACAAAAUUAAAUUAAAUACGCUAUAACCGCCAACACCGUACGAGUAUACUGUUUCCAAAUAAGCAGCUUAAUAGGAACGUGAAAAAUCUAAGAUUCACAUAUAAAAUCGAUAUUCAGUUACACAAAACACUAAUACAACAAUUAAACUGUUAAAUGCAUGUGCGUAUAUGCGUAAGUUGGCAUAAAUAUUAAUUUUCUCGGUUUGUUGAAAAUUAGACUAAAAAAUUAAUAUUAAAUAACUCACAUUUACCUCGGUUCUUAUAACUAUGAGCAUAACCAGUAUACAUUACCAUAUUGUUGGUAUAAAUGUUCUCAAUUUUACUAUUAUGCAGGCUUAGCUGCUUACCACACAGCUUGUAAAAUUCAUGUAAUAUUAUACAUAUUUUAUUUUAAGUUUCUUGUACAAGACGUGUAAUCGUAACAUAUAAAGCUGGUUUGGCCUCACCAAUGGCAAAUAUUGUGAGCUUGUGCAAGCAACAGUAGUGUUCCUAGCUGGCGUGUUGACUAAGCUCCGGGAAUUUUUUUUUGUUAAAUUUAUUUAACUAAAUUUUAGAAAACUCCUAUUAACAGGUAAUUUUCGAAAUAUUUUUUUUUUCAAAAGUUUUACAUUUUUUUAUACCUACGAUCUUGCUUUUAUAUACAACAUCUACAUUUAACAAAACAAACAAAUCGCUACCCUGUAGUCACUAUUAUACUCUAACAAAAGAAAAUCGAAACGUAAUCAUGGCCAUAUAUACAUAGUUGUAUAAUUAAUAACCGCUAAAAUAUAUAUGCGUUAAAAACUGCAAAAUUCUAGUAUUAUAUAUAAACUUACAUAUAAAUAUUAAUUUCGAAAGAGAAAACAAUUAAAAAAGAAAACAUAACUGAAAGUAGUAAACGCUCUACGGGGCGAGUGAAAAACGAAAUAAAAGGCAGCAAAAAUAAAUUGUUAAUGAGGCAAUGCAUCAAUGCGCUAAAGUAUUACACACGUUCAUACACGUAAUUACAAAGCAACUAAGGAUUAUAUGGUUACUCAAACCAGCAAAAAUGAAAUACGGUAUUGUGUAUUACACACACCGCAUCUAUUGUGUGAAAAUUUAAAUAUAUGUUAAGCUAAAUAGGUGGAACGGUUUAUGCCCUUUUGUUGUAAUUUCUUAUAGUUUGAAUAUAUACAUAUAUUUAAAGAAAGUUAUGUGGUAUGAUUUUUAAAUGAUAAGUAGUUCUACUCCUUUACUUUAAGUUUAUUUGUUUAAUGGUAGUAUACUCGCCCGUUGUAUAUUUAGUUCUGUAUUAAGUAAUUACGAAAUAACGUUUGGAAAGCAUAUUUCCAACGAAUUGUCAGCCUAUUUUGACACAUAUGAUUCAAUAGGAUCACAAUAUUGAACCACUUGAAUUUAUCCUACCUACAUUUUUUAUGUAUUUAUAAUUAUUAAGAGAUAUUUACUAUAAACAUUACUAAUUGUACGACGACAGAGCCAAUGUAGAAGCCGACUAAGGAACCACAAUCAGAAACAACUUAUUAUUUUUUAUGUCUAAAAGCGGCGUGUGAACAAUUUGUAUUUAAGGUUUAAAUUUUAAACAAUAAAUAUUGAAUGAUAAAUAGUAUUCAA